UUGUAAAGCCAAAUAAACGCUGAGUGAAAAUAAAAUUGAUAAAUUUUCUAAAAUUUAUUGAUAAAAAAAUGUCUAAGAAAGGGGCCACAGAAGUUUUUCAAAGUAAAAUAACCCGCAACGACCGUUUUGCGCAGAUGUCCCACCAGGAAAAGGUGAUUGAAGAGAAGAAGAAAGAAAUUCAAGCUAGGCUAGAGCAAAAACAGAAAGGACAAGUUAGUUCUAGUACAGAACCUAAAGCAUCAACCACCACCACACCACCCGUAAAAUCAUCUAAAAGUUUGUUGAAAUCACAGGAUAAGAAACACGGAUUUAAUGUUUUUUCAAAUGAUGGAAGUUUUUUGGAUCAGUACAAACAAUUGAAAGAUAAGAAAGUGACAGAGAAAACUAAACUGUAUAAAUCAAAAGAUGGUUUAGAAAAAAACUUUGACGAUAGGAAUAAAUCGAGUAGAUGGUCACAAACGAGAGGAUCACAAUCACCAAAAGAAAGAGUUAAACCUAGAAUAACACGGUUUUCUGAUAAACCUACAUAUGAACCAAAAAUAAACAUAACAACAACUUAUAGUAAUUUAUUAUCUCAGGCUACUUUUGAAAAUUUAACUGCACAGAAUGCAAUUGGACAACCUUUGUUAAAGAAUUUAGUGCCUCCACCUAGUAUAUAUACUAAUUCUGGAACGGAAACGGUUAUAACAGCACCACCUGUUUUAUUAAAUAUGCCACCACCUCAAAUUGUGCAGAACACAAUAUCAUCAAUUGUUGUUCCAACAGCAAAUGAUAUUUUAGCUAAUAAUGUAGCUAAUAUUAUUACACCAACAACCGUUUUAACAACAGUUACUUUACCACCACCCGCACCAAAUCAAGCUGUUAUUCAAGAAACGGUUACAACAACAAGUGUAAUUAACGUACCACCUCCAAUUGAAUUAACAUCAAUACCACCACCAAAUCCAAUUCAAGUUCAUAAUAUUCCACAGCCGGAUCCUUUAAAUGCCUUAACAAUUCCACCUCCAGCACCUAUUCAAGUUCAAAAUAUCCCACCGCCUUCUCCAAUACAAUUAAAUGAAAUACCAAAUCCUAAACCUCUUGAUAUCGUUAACAUCCCAACACCAAGUGAUUGUUUAGAGAAGAACAUUUCAGAUCCUGAUUUUAUUAAAAAUGUUCCACCUCCAAAUAAAUCAGUUCCACCACCUAAUUUAGAAAUCAGCUUAAAUAUUACAGUCCCACCGCCCACUUCAGAGGUUCCUCCCAUUCCAACAUGUUUACCACCACCAAAUGUAAUUCCACCCACUACUAUUCCUCCUCCUCAAAAUAUUUUGGUUCAAACAAUCCCACCACAAAUAAGUCAAAUUACAGGUCAGAUUACAAAUCAAAUUUCGAAUCAGAUUACAAAUCAAAUUUCGAACCAGAUUACAAAUCAAAUUUCGAACCAGAUUACAAAUCAAAUUUCGAACCAAAUUACAAAUCAAAUUUCGAACCAGAUUUCAAAUCAAAUUACGAAUCAGAUUACUAAUCAGAUUGCCAAUCAAAUUAGUGUACAAACACUUCCGCCGCCUCCUCCACCUCCACCUCCUCCACAAAAUCAAACUCUCAUACAAAAUAUUGUUACGGUGCCGAUACAAAAUCAAGUUCCUGUAGGGGUUCCUCCUCCCCCUCCUGUAACUAAUAAUAUUCCCUCGUUGAUGGCGCAACCUGUGCUUCCACCACCUGGAAUGGGAAUCGCUCCACCAAUUAAUAACAUAAAUAUAAAUUGUCCACCGCCGUUGUUGACGACGACCGCUUGUCCUAUUAUUCAAGCACCACCACCACCGACGUUUGUUAAUCAGCCGCCACCGCCCAUGACCGGACAGAUGCCCCCUAUGAAUAUACCACCCCCUACAGCAAUUCCAUUGGUUCCAGCCACAACGAUCGUUGGUGGAAUGCCUUUUCGAGAUAUGACCGCAGUAUUUCCCGCAGGUACAGCUGAUUAUGAAGCGAUGGCGUCCCUAGGGCGCAUGGUAGCACAGUGUGGCCCCGGAAUAGAGGACGUGGUGCGCCAACGUAAAACACAAGACCCCAGUCUGUGGUUUCUGUUCCAUAAAGAGUCCGCUGCAUAUCGUCAGUACCAACAACUCGUCGAACAGUUCAAAAUGGAGUUGGAGGCACGAGAGGAGAACAGCUAUCAGCCGGAAGACACCUACGAACAAGAUGGAAUCGAUGAUGAUGAUGAGAAACGAGGAAAUAAAAAUGGAGAUAGACCGAAAAGGAAGAGAAAAAGUAGAUGGGGCGAUAAAGACAUGUCGAUUCCACCACCUACCAUUGUUACAAGUAGUCCUGGAAAUGUUUUGAUUUCAAAAAUAACAAGGAGCGAUCCCGCUUUGGUCCAAUAUGCUAUGACUACUUAUGGAUCGACGAAUUUAAGUGAAGACGAUUGGAGGAAAGUUGAAGAUCACUAUAAAAUUAACAUUUUGUACCAGGAGAUGAUCAAAAAAAGACAGGAAGUUGAACGGUUGAAAAUGGCUGGGAAGAAUAAAUAUGAAUAUGAUUCCGAUGAAGAAAUUGAAGGUGGAACUUGGGAACAUAGAUUACGUGAAAAGGAAAUGGUGGCCACUCAACAAUGGGCUAACGAACUAACUCGUCAAGCAGAAGGAAAACAUCAUAUAGGAGAUUUUCUUCCCCCUGAAGAGCUGAAAAAAUUUAUGGAAAAAUCCACUGCGGUUAAAGAAGGUCGACAACCAAGUUUAUCCGAUUAUAAAGAGUUCAAAUUAAAAGAGGAUAACAUUGGGUUUAAAAUGUUACAAAAACUGGGUUGGUCAGAAGGGCAAGGUUUAGGAUCUAGUGGAGCUGGAAUUGUCGAGCCAGUAAAUAAAGGUGUUAUGAGGGAUCAAAAUCAAGGAUUAGGAUUAGAACAACCUGAUCAAGUUGAUAAUAACGAUGAUGAAUACGAGUCAUAUAGGAAACGGAUGAUGUUAGCUUACCGAUUUCGACCAAAUCCACUGAAUAACCCAAGAAGACCUUAUUAUUGAUCUUAAAGUAAAAUGUACAAAUAAAUACUUGUAAAUAUUUGAAGUUAUAUAAUUAUAAUUAUUAAUAAAUAAUUAACCGUU